UAACAAGGACAAAAAAGGAAAAAAGAAGUUUGGUUCUGACAAAACGAGUCAGAAUCGAAGAAAACACUAUCAGCUUUUUGUUCCAAUGCUUUUAUUAGUUUAAUCAUUUAUUUUAGGUUACUUCCUAUGAAACAUUUUUACGGAAUAACAUCACCAACCGUGACGAAAACUUCUGAUUCUGUUGAUUCCUUCAAAAACCCUAGAAUUUGAUAAAAAUCGGAUCUUUUUCGCAUAUCUCAUCCUAUUCUAGAAGUUUCUUUCCUUUUUUCCCCAAUUGUUUUCAGGGCCCUCAAUCUUGCAAGCAAAAGCACAAGCUUAGCUCUGUAACCAGAAAAGGCACUAAAUUAAGUGUCGUUGAAUUUAUCUGCAUCAGAAUGGAUCAGCAAGGGCAUGGACAGCCCCCAGCUAUAGGGGUAGUGAGCUCUGCAGGUCAAAUGCCUUACGGGACAAACCCUUAUCAACCAAACCAAAUGUCUUCAGCCCAAAAUCCAGGAUCAGUUUCAUCAGUUGGGACCAUUCACUCUACUGGUCAGCCAGCAGGAGCUCAGCUUGCGCAGCAUCAACUUGCCUAUCAGCAAAUCCAACAUCAACAGCAGCAGCAACUACAGCAACAGCUCCAGUCAUUUUGGGCAAAUCAAUAUCAAGAAGUAGACAAAGUUGCUGACUUCAAGAAUCAUAGCCUUCCCCUAGCAAGGAUCAAAAAGAUCAUGAAGGCUGAUGAGGAUGUGAGGAUGAUAUCAGCUGAGGCACCAGUUGUUUUUGCGAGGGCAUGUGAAAUGUUUAUUUUAGAACUGACCUUGAGGUCUUGGAAUCACACAGAGGAGAAUAAAAGGAGGACAUUACAAAAGAAUGACAUUGCAGCAGCCAUCACAAGAACUGAUAUAUUUGAUUUCUUAGUUGAUAUUGUGCCAAGGGAGGAUUUGAAAGACGAAGUACUGGCAUCAAUAUCAAGAGGAGCCAUGACUGUUGGUGCUGAUGCACUCCCAUACGGCUAUAUGCCACCUCAGCAUGCAGCUCAAGUUGGUACUGGUAUGAUAAUGGGUAAACCUGUCAUGGAUCCACCUAUGUUUGCCCAGCAGUCUCAUGCCUAUAUGGCACAACAGAUGUGGCCACAGCAGGGUUCAGAACAGCAACAAUCACCCUCAGAUAAUUAGUGACUGUAUAUGGAAGUUGAGGAACUAAAAAAAAGAGAAGUUCCCAGUAAUGAAACUGAAAGUAGAGGCCUUCAGCAAUCAAAAUGUAUGGUCAAGAUUGGAGAUCAGAAUUCGCAAGAUUUGCAUAUAUAAUAUUUAGACUGAACUGUUUCAACUCUUUUUAGCGCUGGAUCUAUACUUAAUUUUCAGCCUUGUAUAAAUGUUGAAUUUCAAUGCUUGGAUUUUCGUCUGGUAUAUAGCAGGAUUACUUUCCUUUAA